AUGGACGUGGUCGAUGAAACGGAGGCUUUACAGAGGUUCUUUGAAGGUCAUGAUAUUAACAGCUCUUUGGAGCCAACCAACAUCGACACCAGUAUCUUGGAGGAAUACAUCAGCAAAGAGGACGACAGCACUGAUAUCUGUUUUUCCGAAGUCCACAGCGGCCCAGGGCCUAGCUACUCCUCCCCCCAGGCCAUAGCGUCCUCCUCUGGGGGGGUGGUGUGUGGCUUGAGCCCCCCUAUCUCCCAGCGCCAGGGCAGUACUCAGGCUGUUCCCACACCGUGCCAGAACCCCUAUCCCCUGCCACCCCCACUCAGUCUUCUCAGACACAACCAUCCUUGCCAGAGCCACCACCAUCACCAGCCAGUCCCACAGCCCCACAUCAAACCUGAGCACUGCGCUCACUACACAGCUGGAACAUUACCUGAGUCUCCACCAGACUCUAGCUCAGAGCCCUACUCCCCCCAGCAAGUGAAUGACUCUCACAUGCUUCGGACCAUGACGCCUGAGAAUAUGUGUCACAUGACCACUCCACCACCCCUGCCACCCCACAGCCACUAUCCCAACAUACAUCGGGACAUGUACCUGAAACCGGAGCCCAUGAUUUCGCAGUACCCGAUUGGUCCAGCCAGCAGUGGGGGCGGUGAUCUGCAACAGGGUCAGAUGCUCCAUCAACUGCUACAGCAUCCACAAGGACAAGAUGGUAUACCUGUUCACCAAGCAAAGAAGAGAAAGCACUCAGAUUCUCCUAACAGCACCCUCAAUGCUCAGAUACUGAGCGGCAUUAUCAAGCAGGAACCAGGUUUAAUGCAGGAUGCUGAGAACUCGUAUUUGGACCCAAACUACCAGUGCAUAAAAUGGCAGCCGCACCAACAGAACAAAUGGACUCCAUUAUAUGAUGCCAAUGGAAAAGAACUGCCGAUGCCCACGUACAGAGUGGAUGCUGACAAAGGUUUUAAUUUUUCUUUGGCUGAUGAUGCAUUCGUGUGUCAGAAAAAGAACCACUUCCAGGUCACUGUGUACAUUGGCAUGUUGGGUGAUCCAAAAUAUGUGAAGACCAGUGAGGGGCUGCAACCAAUUGAAUGCUUCUACCUAAAACUUAAUGGAGUCAAGCUGGAAGCCAUGAACCAGACCAUCAACGUGGAACAGUCUCAGUCUGACCGCAGCAAGAGGCCAUUUAAACCUGUACUGGUUACUUUGCCUCCAGAGCAAGUAACCAAAGUAACAGUGGGUCGGCUGCAUUUUAGUGAGACUACAGCUAAUAAUAUGAGGAAGAAGGGCAAACCAAACCCUGACCAGAGGUACUUCAUGUUGGUAGUGGCACUCCAGGCUCAAUCCCACAGUCAGAGCCAUACGGUGGCAGCUCAGGUGUCUGAGAGGAUUAUCGUCAGGGUAACCGCUGCGUCUAAUCCAGGUCAAUUUGAGAGUGACAGUGAGGUGUUGUGGCAGAGAGGUCAGUUGCCUGAUUCAGUGUACCAUCAUGGCCGAGUGGGCAUCAACACUGAUCGACCUGACGAGGCUUUGGUUGUCCAUGGCAACCUGAAGGUCAUGGGUUCCCUGGUACAUCCAUCUGACAUUCGCGCCAAGGAGAAUGUGAAAGAGGUGGACACCACAGACAACCUAAAGCGAAUCUCUCAGAUGCGGCUGGUGCAUUACCAAUAUAAGCCUGAGUUCGCUGCCACUGUGGGCAUUGAGAACACUGCAGAGACCGGUGUCAUAGCGCAGGAGGUCCAGCAGAUCCUUCCAGAAGCUGUGAAAGAUGGCGGAGAUGUAGUUUGUGCAAAUGGAGAGACCAUCCCUAAUUUACUGGUAGUCAACAAGGAUCGCAUUUUUAUGGAGAAUGUCGGAGCAGUGAAAGAAUUGUGUAAACUAACAGAUAAUCUGGAAACUCGAAUCAAUGAGCUUGAACGGUGGAGUCGAAAACUUGCGAAACUACGACGUCUUGACAGCAUGAAGAGUACUGUCAGUGGGGGUACAAUAAGCCUAACAGGAAGUUACUUUAGCAGAACAGGAAGUGGUCCACUUAAGAAGAAAGCAGCCAAAACAGGCAAUAAGAGUGCAGUUCCAGACCAGGGCUGUUUGAGUCACAGGUUCCUGCAGGGUACCAUACUGGCCCUGGUCAUCAUCAUGGCCUUCAGUGUUAUCUCAAUGUCCAUUCUGUAUGUGCUAAACAUGCAUCAGCACAGCAACAUGGCUGAGGCAGAUAGUUCUAUUUCCUCCUGUGUUUUCUCCGUCUCCUGGAUGCGCUUCUUCACUGCCACUGUCACUUUCUGUCCAACCAUCUGUUUAUGGACUCGCUCUGCUCUUGGCUCAUCUAGUAAAGCAGUUUACUCACCGCCCAUCUCUACAGUCUCUUCAGACUCCACCUCGCCAACUCUGCCUAAUCGUCUUAUCUGCUGCCCACCAACAGCCACCUUGAACAACCAAUCAGUUACUGCCAGCCUGCAGCCAAGCACCAAUCAAUCCAUAUCAGACUUCAGUAGUCCUGCUCCCACCAUGGUCAGUAUAAAUAGGAAAGCGAAGUCUCGUGGGUUGGAUAAAGACAGCAGGAGUAGAAACCGGCUGAGUCACACUUCAUCCCCUCUUUCCCUCAGCAAGUCCAAGAAAACUCCUCUACCCUCAGAUAUGGACACAGGAGGCAACAGUAACCGUCUGCCUGGGCUACGCAGGCAACGCAGCACACACACUGAAGGUGGGCAUUUCCUGCCGUCCCUAAACGAACUUUACAUAGUCGAAACUAAUCAGGAAUUGAAGGCACUGAACUGUGCCUCAUUACACAGUUGCAGCUAUACUUUAUUUCUGCACAGGAGUCAAAAUUCAUCUGAGAAUCACAUCACUCUAUAUAUGAGGUUCUCUGAAAUUGUGUGGAUGUGGCAGUGUAGUGUCACUAGAGGGCGUCUUUGCCCAAACCACACUGAGACUGAUUUUUCUGAAAGCAAGGGUGCCUUCACAAAGGGGACCAGUCACUUGUGGUCCAUUCCACUGGCAUUAGUCCAAGAUUCUGUCUACCAUUUCCGGGUGUCAAGCUAUGGUGAGAUUGGCUGCUCUGGAUCUGAAGAACAGAAGAUGCAGGACACUACAGCAUUCAUUGAUUACUAUUUUCUCAUCCAAAGUAGAUGCACUUAA